AUGUCUCAGGAGAAUCAGCGAAUCAAGGUCCCGUUUGAGCACCGCUUUGAUCAAUUUUACUAUGAAGAAGAGGACAGACAAGCCGAUCUUCAGAAUCGGCAAUAUUUCCGAUACUAUGAUAGCCGAGUCCAAGCUCUGAAGGGACGAAUCUUGGCCAGAGCUAGGGAAGAAGUUGGUAAGUGGUUUUAUUUUUCUGUAUUCUUGGUUUAGAGAGAGAUUGAGUUGGAAUUUGGGCCAUCCAAUUAGAAAUUUUACCAAAAAUUUGUACUAGGCAUGAAUGUUGAAGAAAAAUGAAAUUUAUAUCUAAAUCAAUGUUUUUUUGUUUUGUACUAUAUUUUUCAUGUCGUUCUUAGCUUUCUUCGACAAGAUUCGUGCUUGUUUAUCCUUUACAUUUACGGUUUCCAGACAAAUCCAUCAAGAUCACACCUCUUUCGAAACUUGUUCCAAAUCGGCCGGCGUUGAUCUGCGGUGUAACGAUAAAACGAUGUAAAAAUCGACCCAGCGUCUUUGACGAAUUCAAGAAGCAAGAUUUUGACGAUGAGGAUGAGCUUUGGGAUCUGGAGGACGCAGAAGAAGAGGCAGAACUAAAUGCCGAAAAUCCGUAUGCUAGAGUUGAAACUUUAUGCUCAUCUGCGGAUACACUUGAGAUUGAAGAUGAUAAACAGCGGCUUCCUUUGGUUGGAGCUGAUAUUAACAAGGUAUGUGAUUUUUUUGUCGUUUCUUUGGAUUUUAGAUUGAAAAAAUGAGAAUUGGAGGCACGUCAUAUUCAAAAGUCGCUGACCAUACAAAUUUGAGUUUGGCAUGUAAUCUGUUUGCUUCUAGGAUCAUUUCGUGACCGGAAACAUCCUCGGAUUUUACGGCGCCAAAGAUGCAAACGAAGAUUUUGUCGUGGAAAAAGUGAUCUGUCCCCAGUUGGCUCCACAGAUCCCCUGGCCCUCCAAAGUCUCGGAUUCGUAAGUGGAAUACGCUAUAAAUAAAUUUGUUGGCUUUUAGAUACAUAAUGUUUAUAUCGGGCUUCAACCUGAACGCUCAAAUCGCCAAAAACGAGUGGAAAAUGGCGGCGUUCCAUCAGCUGGCCGACUUUCUGCAAGGAAAUUCGUUGGACCCGCAGCAAUGUGACCUGGGCAAGAAAGUGGGACGGGUUAUAUUUGUAGGCGACACUGUGAGGAUAUCGACAAAGGUGGUUUUGUUUAUAUUGUGUUCAGUUUUCCGGUUUUAGGACUACACUCGGUACAUGGUGACCAAAUUGGGACAAAGUCAGACCUACGAACCUAAUGGCCUCGAGCAAUUGGACCGGCUGCUCGAAGAUAUGACUGUAAGCUGCUCCGAAGAGACUUUGGAUGUAAUAAAUACAUUUCUUGUUUAGAUGACAGUCCCGGUGACGCUUAUGCCCGGCCCCAACGACAUUUGUGACGCCCUAUGGCCACAGCGACCGAUUUUGAAGAAGUCCUUGUUGAGAAAUAAGAAAUAUUACAGUAAUUGCGAUACCGUAACGAACCCAUAUUCCUUUGACUACGAUGGGGUGAGAUUCUUGGGAUCUUCAGGUUGGUUUUUUGGUCGUUUUUGUGACUGGGCGACAUUUUAUACGAUGAUUUUUUGGAAUGGAAAAUUUGGCGGAAAUAGGGUAAUAUUCCUAUUGUUAUUGAUUGAAUUAAGAGAAAUAAUUGUGGUUUCAGUUUUUUGAGCCAGAAAAAAUGGUUUGGAAUGUUUAAAUUUGGCAAUAUUUUUUCCUCAGGAAAUGUUUCAUCGUAUAAAAUGUCACUUUUUUUGGCAAAACUCGCUGAUUCUUGUUCUAGGCCAGAACAUUGAUGAUAUGAUCAGAUAUACGAAGGGAAAAUCAACAAUUGAACUCAUGAAAGAUCUCCUGGAAAAGUCCCAUCUCUGCCCGACCUGCCCAGACACGAUUGAUGGGCAUCCGUACGUUGGAAAAGACCCAUUGGUCAUCAAAGAGACUCCUCAUGUCUUCUUUGUCGGAAACCAGCCGAAAUUUGCAUCGGAAAUGGUCAAAUUGUCGGAUGGAUGCAAGGUUUUGAUGUUAUCCUUGCCCAGGUUCAGUCAAACUCAUGAGGUGAGUUUUUGUUAGGUGUUUAGAUGGAUCAAAUGAUGGUUAUUAGGUGGAAUAGAUGCUAAAUAGGUCUGUAAACCGAUUUUUGAAAUAAAAUUGAAAGUGUGUUCGAAUGGUGCAGUGGGUUGUGAGAUGGUUUUGAUUUUGGGGAGGGUUCGAAUCCCCGUGCGGAAAAUUGUUGAAUUUGGAUGUUUACUGGUGGGAUAAGGCUGUAGAAGUUAUGUCAAUACUUUUUUUACUUUUAGGUGUAUCUAUUUAACCCAAAAACCCUGGAAACUUUGCCGUUCGAAGUGUUCAUUGAUGAAGAAUUGAUCGAAAGAACUCAUUUUGACCCCGAUGAUGAUGAAGUUCAGGAAAUGGAUGUGGAUGAAUGA